GGCUCGGGAUGUACCGAGUCCUUAUAAAUAUCUUUUCCAUCCACAAAACUACCUUCCAAACUCGGUACGGGUCGUACGAGUAUUUGGUAAUGUCGUUCGGACUCACCAACGAACCGGCAACAUUCCAAGCCGAAAUGAACCACAUACUACGACCACUCUUGGACGAAUGCAUGGUGGUGUACUUGGACGACAUCCUCAUUUACUCGCGCGACAUGCAGCAACACAUUCAACACCUGCGACGCGUCUUCGACAUUCUUCGACGAGAACGGUUCUAUGUGAAGUUAUCCAAGAGCGAAUUCGCCCUCGAAAAAGUCCAAUUCCUCGGACACAUGGUGAGCGCUCAAGGAGUUCACGUCGACCCCAAGAAAAUCGAAGCCUACUUGAAAGUGGGAGCAGUCUUGAUGCAAGACCAAGGGAAUGGACUGCAACCAAUCGCCUACCUCAGCAAGAAACUCCACGGGGCAGAACUAAACUACCCGAUACACGACAAGGAGGCCCUUGCUAUUAUCAUCGCACUCAAAACAUGGAGAUGUUAUCUUGAAGGACGAAACACAACCGUCUACACCGACCACUGCAGCCUGAAAUAUUUGAAAACACAACCAACCCUUUCCACGCGGCAGGUCCGGUGGAUUGACUUCCUCGAGACACACUUCCACUACGACAUCGUGUACAAGCCCGGCCACAAAAACAAAGCAGACGCCCUCAGUCGGCCUGCACAUGUUGCCGCUAUCCAGAUCACUCCUGUUACCUAGCGCUUACGCCUACCAGCUAC